AUGAGCGCAGACGACGAUCGACAAAAGCAGCAUGGCGAGCAUGGCCAUCACGAGCAUCGAAGACGUCGCGCUGGCCUGGCCUCUGCUCUCGGCGCCAUUGUGACCCGCACCAGCGGUUCAGGAAGCUCCGUACCCAACUUUGGCCGUUCUUACCGCGAGCACCCUGAACAUCCGACCAAGACUGCGCCUCACACUCAGGUCCACCCGGAUUACGAGCAUGCAGAGAAGCCUAGUAACACGCAUACCAGACCUGCCAGGGCUGCAUCAGCCUCUUCGAUCAUCACCCCCGAAACCUCUACCAGACGUCUGGCUCAGAUUGCUCUUCAGUUGGGAAGCGCUACUUCCACUGCUACCCAGUCACUCAUUCGUACGUCUUCCGCUGGAUCGAGGCGCGGCGAGUGGCGUCACCUACCAGCCUAUAGAGACUUGCCUACUGAGGGCGGCUACCCUGGAUGUGCCUGGUCCGUAUGGGGCAAGGUGAGUCGUCUGCGAAGAUGGACUGUCGCACAGAUCGCGCUUCGUGCUGAUGUGACCAUCACAAAUCACAUUCUGCCUAGGGCGACGUUCUCGGCACAGUCAACAUGCUGACCCCCGAGCUCGUGCUCCGCGCAUCCAAAGAGGAGGUCAGAACGGGCGUGACGAUCCCUCUGAACUGGUCGUUCAACAAGCCCGAGCUGCCCUUGUUCGGUCGUUGCGCAGUCUCGCAUACCACUGUGACUAAGGCGGGACCUGCAGUCAUCGACAAGCGCAAAGCAGUCAAGAGUGCUCUAUAUAGCAAGGGCGUGUUUGUGGAAGACAGAAGCGACCCGUCAAAGCCUGAAGAAAUGCCUAUGGCAGAUGAAGAGAUUCACUUCAACACUCAGUCAGGCUCCCAGUGGGACGGUUUCUUGCAUUUUGGUCAUCUCGGUCGUAAGUGGUCAAUGGGCAGCACGCGGAUGUGGUUAAGAAGGCUGGAGCCGGUGCUGAAUACGCAGUGACUGCGUGCUGACACCCCCUCUCCAGUCAACUGCUUCUACCAAGGCAUCAAAAAGUCGGACAUUGCCUGGGGUACGCAGGAUAACAGUCAAGCGGCGAACAGCCCGCUUGCCAGACCAGGUAUCCAUCACCUUGCAAACCAUGGAAUCGUUGGCAGGUGCGUUGAUUGAGUCAUUAUUUGUCCUUCGCCGUUACGCUGAUGAAACGCAUAUUGUCUUGUCGUAGGGGCGUGCUGCUGGAUGUAUACGGCUACCUCUCCGAGAAGAACGCCGGACGCGCGCCUUACGAUCCGAUGACCACGCGCGCAAUCACUCUCUCAGAGCUUCAAGAGUGCGCUCGAGCUCAGGGCGUACGCUUCCACAAGGGUGAUAUUUUGCUCAUCAGGACGGGGUUUAUUGAUCGGUACAAUCGCAGCUCUUUCGAGGAGCGGAAGAGAUGGAGCGCCAAUCCUGGACAAGAACAGCUGGCCGGUGUGGAACAAGGAGAGCAUGUGGCUGAAUGGAUCUGGAAUAAUCAGUGCGUGCAGAUACGAACGUCGACUUUCGAAGUAGCUCGCGAAAACGCAUCAGGCUAACGAUCUGCCAUCCUUUCCUGUUCGGUUUGCAGCUUCGCGGCAGUCGCUGGCGAUGCUCCCGCCUUCGAAUCUUGGCCACCUCGCCCAGAGGAGCAAUUCCUGCACGAGACUCUGCUCGCGUGAGUGCAGCUUAGUGGUUAGAAGCCGAUCAGCUUGCGCCCUUGGCUGACAACCUGCUGACCUUUCACGCGCUCUGCCACCCAAGGAUGUUCGGAUGCCCCAUUGGAGAAAUGGUGGAUCUGGAGAAACUGGUAGCGCACUGUCGUCUGACCCGCCGAUGGACCUUCUUGUUCGCUUCCUGGCCACAAAAUCUGCCAGGAGGCAUCGCUUCGCCAUUCAACGGCAGCGCCGUGUUCUAA